UUUUAUUUGCGCUACUUGGGGACCAAAAAAAAGAGUUUCGUGAUUUACACUACUGGCCGUUACUAUGGUGGUUAGUUCAAUUAUAGUUCCAAAGGGGCUUAUACUUAGGCUUGAAUUAGAUAUGCCAAGGUGGUUGUUAACAAUGUUGUGCGGGUUUAUCCUUCCCCUCACAAGGAUAAGUUCAAAUUUAAACCAAAAAAAUAUUUGAGCUAUUAUGACAAUUAGGGUUAGUAGAAUUUCUUUUUUAAUAAAAAGAUUUUUGGGAUUUUAUUUUUGAUUUGAGUUAUCUUUACUAUUUAUAGUGAUGGCAAUUUUAGGUUGGGGCUAUCAACCCGAACGUUUGUUAGCUGCUAAAGUAAUCAUGCUUUACACUAUAGGGGGCUCUUUAAUUUUGUUUAUUAAUAUUAUUAUAAUAAUAAAUGAGGGGGAUGUGUUAUUAAAGUUAUUGACUACUGGGACUAGGGCUAGGAUACAGAUGUUGUUCGAGGUAGGAAUUUUUUUUGCAUUUUUAAUUAAGUUGCCUUUAUACGGAUUUCAUGUGUGGCUGCCUAUGGCUCAUGUUGAAGCUCCGAUGUGGGGGUCUAUGGUAUUAGCUUCUAUUAUAUUAAAAUUGGGGGGGUAUGGAAUAGUUCGGGUGAUUCAAUUAAUAUCUAAUAAAAUAAAGUGGGUAAUUAUUCUUAUAGUUGUUCUAAGGUUAAUAUCUUUUAUUUUGUGUUGCACAAUCGUUGAUAUAAAAAUAAUUGUGGCUUACAGAAGAGUGGGUCACAUAAGAAUAGGAUUGGGUGCAUUGUUAACAAUGUCUUAUUUUGGAAAGCAGUCUCUUAUUGUAAAUAUAUUAGCUCACGGGGCUGCUUCUUCAAUAAUAUUUAUGUAUGUAACUUUUUUGUAUAUAAAAAGGGGGUCACGAAGAUUGAUGUAUAAUAAGGGAAUAUUGAUUUUAAACCCCAUAAUAAUAGUUAUGUGGUAUGUUGUUUGUGUUAUUAAUAUGGGUGGUCCAUUAACUCCCAGAUUAUAUGUUGAAGUAAUUCAAACUGUUAGUCUUUUUAAUAUAAGAAAGGUAUUAGGGUUAAUAUUGUUUGGGGUUAUUGUACUUAGACUAUUAUUUAAUAUAAUUUUAUUUAAUUUUCCGGCAAAGGAAAAUAUUAUGAAAGGAAUAAUAAAGAUGAGACAAGAUUCUAAUAUUAUAAUGUCGGGUUAUUUUCAUUUGGCUAUAACCUUGCUUGUCCUGGCAAUUAUUUGACUAACUAAUUUUUAGUAUAAAAAUUGUAAAGAAACUAAAUGAAUUCUCUAGCAUAUAGGGAUGUUAAAAGAGAGAAAACAAAUCUCUGGAUUAGUGCAACACCAAUUUCAAGAACAACUAAAGGAACAAGCAUUGAAAUUAAAAUGGCGGAUAUUCUGCACCCCUCUCCGGCUAAAGAUAAAAUUAUGUGCCCAGCAAACAUAUUAGCAACUAAACGAAUACUGAGUGUUAGUGGCCGAAUAAUAUUUCUAAUACAUUCUACAAUGACUAAGAAGGGGGCUAAGACAAUGGGAGACCCAGAGGGGACUAAAUGGGCUAAUCAAUCGUUGAAAUAAUAAAUAGAUCUUCAUAGUUGAACUCCAAUUCAAAGGGGCAAUCCCAGAGCAAUAGCAGUUGGAAUAUGUGAGGAUGGGGUAAAAAUAUAGGGGAAUAAACCAAAAAUGUUAAAUCUGAGAAUCAAAAUAAAUAACACAAUUGAUGAAAGGGAUAAAGUGCUUCCCUUAUUUUUAAAUAAAGGCAUAAACUCAUUAUUUAGAGCUAAACAAACUUUUUUAAAGGGGAUAGAUAGGGUAUUGGCCGUUUUUCAAAAAGAUGUUAAAAAAAUAACAACUAAUGGAAACGAGGUAAUUAUUCAGUUAGAGAAAAAACCCAAAGAUCCCGAGGGGUCAAAUGAA